CUCCUGGUCCACCUGGACGAGCAGGCUUUCCGGGAGACAAAGGAUCAUUGGGCAUUCCUGGAAGAAUGGGCUUAAAGGGAAACCUGGGGGAGAAGGGAGCACCAGGAGAGCCAGGUCUGUCUAUCAUUGGCCCACGAGGACCUCCUGGACAGCCCGGUACUAGAGGAUUUCCAGGCUUUCCGGGCCCCAUCGGUUUGGACGGGAAACCCGGACAGAAUGGUCCAAAAGGUGAUAUGGGUCCUCGUGGUCCUAAAGGAGUACCAGGUGAACCUGGUCCAAAAGGAGAGAAGGGUGCAUGCGGAGAGUACACUCACAGGAUUCUCACAGGAAGCGUUUUUCACCCCUUCAUGGCUUAUCCUACCCCCCUCCAACCUCCUCCACUGACCACUCUGUCUUCUCCACCCCACAACAUCCCAAAAUGCUCCAGUACAACAGUGUGUCCCAUUCCUCCUACCUACAAACACUCCGUCUCAGGCUGCUGCAUGCCUGUGUCCUCUUAG